UAGUUUUUGUUUUAGUUUAGUGAACUUUUGGUCACAUAUAUCUUCUAAAGCUUCUAUGAAAGGUCUUUGAGUUCUCUACAAACAAAAGAAUGUACUUGUGUUAUGUAUGUUUAUUGUAGGAAAAAUAGAAACACACCAAUAUUUGACACAUUUUCUUUUUGAUGCCAAUAUCUAAAUAGUCCCUCUUUUUAGAUAUAUUUUUAAAUCUUCAAAUAAGAAAAGAAUUUUUUAUUCUCUACAAUUCAGCUUACAUGUAAAAGUACAUGUAUGGAAAUUAUUUUGAAAUGAUUUGAAUUAGUUAAUGUUAAGAAGACACAAUGAUGGGAAAUAAUCGAGGUUUAGGAAACAUUAGUUUUAGACAUAGGAGACUUAAGGCUCCAGAUAUGGCUGAUUUGUUAGAAUAUUUUGAGGCACGAAGUCGUGCUCUUGAUGACGAGGGCCAGCCAGUGUUGGAUGCUUCCACGUUGCAGUUCAUGUCCCUCAUCAAGUUUAAUGGGAUCUCUAUUCUACCUCCUGUUCUGACUCCAGGAAGAAGGGAAGAAAUGGUAUCAUAUAAACAUGAGGCAUUGAGAAGAGAAAAAUGUACCCGUGCUAAAAAGAAGGAUGAGUUACAUGCCAAAGUACAGUCAAUAGUUGCUGGAGUAGAGAGUACAUACUCAUUAAAAAGUCGUAGCCAGCUGCCAAGAACAAAUGGAAUGUACAAAUUACUAGAAAGAAGAGCUGCCAAGCAAGCUUCAAAAUUUGUUAAAUCUACAAAGUCUUCUUCUCCUGCUUCUAAGAGAAAAUCUGAUAGACACAGUUCAGAGGUCAUAUCAAAGGUGACAAGCAAGAUCACAAAUCCUGCUGGUGUAAAAGUGCCAUCUGAAAUAGUGGUCAAUGUAACAGGAAAAGACAUUAAUUCCCCUAAUGCAAAAACUUUAAGUAAGUCUUCAGCAACAAAGCAUGCAAUGUCUCCUGCAAGGUCAGCACCUCAAAGUAGUGGUGAUGCUAAACAGAAGGAGCCCACAAAUUAUAACUCUUUAGGUAAAGUAGGAAGUUUAUCUAAACAAAAGUCUUUCUCUUCACAACAUCUAGAUAGAUCAGGGAUACAGGGAGAAAAACUUGAUUCUAUAAACUCUUCAAAAGAUCUUUCAUCUCCAAAUGCCAGAGCUCUACUACCCCAUCCACCUGUUGGUCGACCACCCUCAAGAGGUUUGAGGCAGUCCUCUUCAACCCCAGAUCUCAGAAAUAUAGAUGCUGGUAUUAAAACUGAGGAUUUGAGGAAACCUAUUGUAUCUGGCAAAAGUUUUUCUCCUAAAGGAGGUCGACCUCAAGCAUAUGAACAUGACAAGUCCAAGAUAAUUGGCCAACAAGAUAACAAAAAUACUAAACUUAAGGAUAAAAAAGAAAGCAUUAAAAUAAAUAAAUCUGAUGACAGUAAAGUCAAAUCUGAAAUUUCAAAUAAAAGGAAAGAGAUUGUUAAUGAUUCAAAAAUUAAACAGAAUGAAACUGGGUUAAAGAAAAUGAGUCUAGAUACUAAAGAGAAAGAAAGAAAAAGAAAAACUAGUUCAAAGUCUCACUUUGAUUAUCAAUUACAAAAUCCGCUGGAAAUUUUGGAACAGGAACUUUCAAAGGAACAGGAAAAAGACAUGAAUAAAAGAUUUGCUAAACCAAAUGUUGAAGGUGCUGCAGGGGAGGUUAGACAAGAUCUUGACCCCAUUCAAACAGCUACAGCAGAGUUGUUCCCCUUCCCUAUUUCAGAGGAACAAGCAUUAGCUACCCUUGAUUCAUUGCAGUCAGACUUUGCUUCCUUAGAGCAGUUUGAUUCUUUGCCAAGUGAUUAUAACGGAAUACCACUAACAUCUCUUAAACAACAACAAAUUAUUCAUAUGCUGACAAAAUUGUCAAAGGCAUUAAAUAUGGAAGAUACUCUAACCUCAACAACCACUAGUAACAUUGGUUUUGAACCUGCUGGACAAGGUGCAAGAGUUGAGAAUACCUGUGAUAACAGAAGUGUUCCAAAUGGUGCUAUAGGGCAGAGUUCCGAAAAUUCUGGCCAGUCAGAUUUGUCUGAGGCAGUAAAUGAGUUAUCAGUAAGUGGGACGAAUGAAAGUAAUGUUUCAAACAGUUCAGUUCAAAACUCUAGUGCCCAUUCAAGGUCAAGGAUGAGUCCCACUGGAUCUUCUAUAUUGAGUUCAGCAAGUUCAGUAAGUGCCUCUCGUUCAAGAAUGAGUCCAAAGUCAUUGAAAAAUACUGUUCACUUUUCUACACUUGUGACAGAAAUUAGUACAAGUGCCAGUCAGUCCUAUGAAGAUAAAAUAUCAUACAGAAAACUUGACAUAACUCCAAAAAGUAGUCAAAAUUUUGAAGAUUCUACUGAUGGGAGCAGAGAGUCAAGAAAUUUAAAUGAAGGCCAAGAGGCAGGACCUGAUGCAUCAUUAGAAGUGCCUUCUAGUGAUGGUAGAAAUAUGUUAAGUAAAGUUGCCUUAAGUCCAAAUAUUGAUUCUCCUUCUGGAUCUCCAGGAGAAUUUCAGAAUCAACACCCAUUUGAGAAUAGUAGUCAGGAAAGUGAUCUUAACACUUCUGAUAAAGAGAAUGAGUUUGUGCCAGCAGAUACUGAAAGUUCAGAUGAUAAUUUACCUAGUGGAUCAAAUGUUAGAUCUGGUAGAAAUCAACCUGUGUUAAAUGUGUUUACUGUCAAUAUGCCAGAAGGACCUAUUGGAGAAAAUCAUCCAGCAGUUGUGCAUAUGAAAUCUAGUAUCAAAUCUGAUAUGCCUUUUGGAAGCUCUGUGAAAGAUGGUCAAGAAAAAGUUUUGCAAGAGAACUUUUCAAAAGCCAACAUGAAUUUAGACUCCCAGUAUCGUUAUUGCACAAGUACAGCAGAUUUAGACAGGUAUAUUCAAGGUAAAGUGUCACAUGAUGAUAGUAUCAGUAGAAGUUCAAUGCAAGAUGAGAUUACUAAAUCUUACAUGCUUUCCCAUUAUAAACCAGAUCAAGGCAACUAUCAAGUUUACGAAAACUUUGAAUUUAAGAAACCCAAGAAAAUAGCUAAAGAAUUGCAAGAGUUGGAUGAUUCCUCAGUAAUUUUAAAGCCAGUUAUUUUUAGUAAAACUGGAAAUUCUUUGAAAGAAAAUAGGUCAAUGUUAGAUGAGGAAGACAUGAUAAGGAGUAAUUUGCAUAAAGUUCAACUUGAAGAUACAGAUAGCGAAGAUGAAAAUAGAACGGAAUAUUCCAAGACUUGGCUGGAAAAAGAUGACUGUAAGUCGGAACAAAGUGAAACUGUAAAAGAUAUUCCAAAUUUCCCACACAUGGGGUUUCAAAAUGUUUAUCUUGGUAAAAUUGAAACAGAGCAUGAACUUGAAGAAAUAGAUAGGCCUAUUGAAAGUGAUGAAAACAGUGAUAAUAAUAGACAGAAAUGUAGAGACUUAAAAAGUCAGAAUGAAAAAAAUGAGUUGGAUGUUAUGCAAAGUGAUGACCAAGAAAUAGAAGAAGAAGAUGAUGAUGAUAAUGGGGAUGAUGAUGAUGAUAAUGAUGAUGAUGGUAUGAAAGGUUAUAUUGAGAAUAAAAUUUGUUUUGAACAGCUUACCAAAUCUGAUGAAAAGAUUAAUCAAGCAAUGUUGUUACAAGAAGAAAUAAAUCAGAAAGUGCAAGGAAACCAUGAACAGUCAAUCAAAAUACAGACAGACAAAAAAAAUCGGGAAAAUUCUGGAAAUGUGAGAGUACAAGGAAACAUUAAAAAACCAGUCGAAAUUCAUGAAAAUACUGACCACAUUAUCAGUAUUCAGAAUAAUAAUGAACAACCAGCCAGAGUUCAUGAAGACAGUGACUGUCCAAUCAGAAUUCAAGAGAUUGAAAGAGAGGAGGAAGCUAAAGCUGAACACAUUCAAAAAUAUUUAAAUCAAGUUCAUGAACAUUCACUUCAUCAUGAAGAUGAAGACGAUGACAGUUUGAGUAGACAAAGUACACAAAACUAUCCUAAUGUUAUAGAGGACAUAGGUACACUAAUUCAAACUUACACAUCCAGUAUUCAGUCUAUGAAUCAUCUCUCACAAGAGGAAUUAUUCAAGAUGCAGUCAGAUCAGUUUGAGCUGAUACAACAGAAGUUGAUUGAGCAUCAGCGAGCUCAACUAGAAGAGUUAUUUGUAGCUCAAAGAAAGGAGCAAAUGAGUUUACAACAUGAAAUAGAGGCAUACCAGCAUAACAUAAAUUCUCUAGAUACAUGUAGUGAUGUUAGUUUACCCAUGGACCCUCUUAAGCCUCAGAUGGGAAGGUCAAUGCCACAGGUCUCCCAAGCAUGGCAGUUACAUCAACAAUUGCCCACACAUAGUUCAGCAAAAAGUCCACCAUUUCAUGUACAACCGGUAGCAUAUCAGAACCCAGAAAUGUCUUUUAACACAAGUUAUAGCACUAUUGCACCAUACCCAGAGCCUGGUAGAGCUGCACCAGGACCAUAUCAAGAUCCAAGAAUGGCUUCCACUAUUGAUUCACGAGCUGGUGUGGUAAUGGAUGUUCCAAUGGGUUAUAUACCUGAUCCCAAUAUGAGUAGUAUUAGUCAUAACACAAGUUACAGCACUAUACCAAAUAGAGAUCCAGGUAUGCUAAAAGGUAUCCAAUCCCCUCUGCAACAACUUAGUGUGAUCAAAAGCCAGGACCCAGGUUCAAGCCAUUCCAGUAAUCCUUUCAUCUAUCCAUCUAGUCCAAGUUUGUACAUCAAUCCAAAGGAUAGAGAUAAUGUGUCAGAAGUGAGUGGUUUUGCUAAGGCCACUCCAAAACAGCUAGUAUUCUCAAACCAGUCAACACCAGUACCUGUUGUAAGGACAUACAAACCUAUACAACAUUCUCCUUUGAAGCAGAUGUCAAAUCCCCAUCAAAGCAGAUAUACAAUACCUGAUGCGGUAUUUGACCCAGCAAUGCAGCCUAAGUUUGAUAAAGUGUCUGCUGCAGUGAAAGGGUAUCUCACACGCCGUCUGUUAAAGACACCAAAAGUUCAGGAAAUUAUCCAGAAACUAUCUGAUACCCGAAAUUUUGCCUUUAGCUUCCAAGCAGAGACCCCAAUUAAAAAAGGGACAUUCUCAAGGGAAGAUAGAACACUGCUUGAACGUAUUGUCAAUCAGCUGCAGGCCUCUUUACUGGACAUCCAUGAGAUAUUUUUUGUUAUACCUGUAUCAGAAAGAAUAUCAAUUAUUUCUGCUGCCAGACUACUAGAGGAGGAGAGAAGAAUGAAGGAGUCUCAGAGAUAUAGUUCCGAAAGUGUGUUUAAAUCUCAACCUAAGCUAAGCCAGGCAACACUGAAAGCUAUGGAGAGAAAGAAGAAAGCUCAAUUGGCAGAAGAAUCUAUUUUUGGAAGUGUUGAGUUUCGAUCCAAGUCAGCCCCGCCCACAACUAGUAGUCCACACCUUUCAACUGAUGUCAGUGGUCCUUUACGCAGACACUACCAUUCUUUAUUUGUCAGGGCUUUACGACCAAUACAAGGUCAGAUUUCACCAAUCACAGGGGACCAUCAGGUCACUGUCAGAGAAAUGAAGGAAAGACCAAGGUCUACAUUAGAGAAGAGAAAGUCUAGUGAUACAGGCAGUAAAGCCAAGAAAACAGGUAGCAAGAAAGCAGCAUCAAGUACUGGAAAUAGUAAGCAAAAAUCUAUACCUGCAAAUACAACAAAAAUAAAGAAGAUGGAGAAAGCAUGGAGAUGAUGAUAAACAACACCUAAGAAAUGACUUAGUUUUACUUUAUCAUUAACAACUUACAUUGAAUACAUUCCUAUUUUAUUAUUUGUUUAAAAACAGCCACAAAAAUCAGAAUAAGUUUUGUGUUAUUUUUAAACAGUUUAUAGUUGUGCUAUGAUAUGGUUUUGAAUGUGUAAGAAUUUGUGAUUAAUCUUUCAGUAUUAUGCUAGAUGAUCAACAAAAGUCAUAGAGUGUUUUGUAGUUGAUUCACAUACUAGACAAUACAAUUGUUAUUUGAUGCUGAGUAGACAUUAUUUUAGCCAUUUCAAAUUCAAUUGUUUGACAUAUUAAGUCAUACGGAAAAUCAGGUUUUGAUUUUUGCUAUAUUUGGGGGGCACUUAAUAUUGUGGGAAAAAAAGCUAGCUUAUUAUGCCACCGCAGCAUCUGCGAUGCGGUGGCAUAUAGCGAUUCACCUGUGUGUGUGUUUGUUUGUGUGUGUGUGUGUGUGUGUGUGUGUUAUAUAGAUUAUAUAGUGAACUUAAAAAAUCUUCUUGUGAAAAACCACUAGUCCAAUUUAAACCAAACUUGGCAGGAUUGAUCCUUGGGUGAAGGGCUUCCAAAGUUGUUCAAAGAAUUUCAUUCCAUGCAGAAAUCUGGUUGCCAUGGCAACCAAAAGGAAUUAUAAGAAUAAAUUUAAAAAAUCUUCUUGUAAAGACCCAGAAGGCCUAGAGCUUAGAUAUUUUGCAUAAGGCAUUGUCUGGUAGACCUCUACCAAGAUUGUUCAAAUUAUAGCCCUGGGGUCAAAAUCGGCCCCGCCCCAAGGGUCAUUGAUUUUCACUAUAUGUACAUAUAGUAAAAACUAAAAAUACCUUCUUGUAAAGACCCAAAAGGCCUAGAGCUUAGAUAUUUUGCAUAAGGCAUUGUCUGGUAGACCUCUACCCAGAUUGUUCAAAUUAUAGCCCUGGGGUCAAAAUGGGCCCCGCCCCGGGGGUCAUUGAUUUUCACUGUAUGUACAUAUAGUAAAAACUAAAAAUACCUUCUUGAAAAGAACCAAAAGGGCUAGAGCUUAGAUAUUUUGCAUAAGGCAUUGUCUGGUAGACCCUUACCAAGAUUGUUCAAAUUAUAGCCCUGGGGUCAAAAUUGGCCCGGCCCCAGGGGUCAUUGAUUUUCACUAUAUGUAAAUAUUGUUAAAACUUAAAAUACCUUCUUAUAAGGACCCAAAAGGCCUAGAGCUUAGAUAUUUUGCAGAAGGCAUUGUCUGGUAGACCUCUACCCAGAUUGUUCAAAUUAUAGCCCUGGGGUCAAAAUCAACCCCGCCCCGGGGGUCAUUGGUUAUCCUUACAUGUAUAUAGUAAAAACUUACCGUAAAAACUUUAAAAAAAAUCUUCUAGUAAUUGACAAAUGCUAGAGGUAAGAUAUUUUGCAUGAAACAUAGUGUAGU